AUGGCAACCAUGGCUACAAAUCUCACUUCUCUCUCCUCAAAAUCCCCAAAACACACUCUUUUGGGCACUUCAUCUUCUUUCCAUGGCACUCCCAUGCCAAAUCCGAUACUUUGUCUACAGCCCACAAAAUCAUCUUCAUCGUCCAACGUUUCAGUCUCCAUGUCUUCUCCACCGUAUGAUUUGAAUACUUUCAAGUUUGAACCUAUCAAAGAGUCUAUAGUGUCAAGAGAAAUGACAAGAAGGUACAUGACGGACAUGAUAACACACGCAGAUACUGAUGUUGUUAUCGUUGGUGCUGGCUCUGCUGGGUUAUCUUGUGCUUAUGAGCUUAGCAAGAAUCCUUCUAUCAAAAUAGCUAUCGUUGAACAAUCUGUUAGCCCUGGUGGUGGUGCUUGGCUUGGUGGUCAGCUCUUCUCUGCCAUGGUUGUACGCAAACCAGCUCAUCACUUUCUUGAUGAGUUAAGCAUCGAGUAUGAUGAGCAAGAAGACUAUGUAGUAAUCAAGCAUGCAGCUCUCUUCACCUCCACAAUCAUGAGCAAACUCCUUGCCCGUCCAAAUGUUAAGCUUUUUAAUGCCGUGGCUGCAGAGGACUUAAUAGUUAAGGAAGGAAGAGUAGGUGGAGUGGUCACUAAUUGGGCUCUUGUGUCAAUGAAUCACGACACUCAAUCUUGCAUGGACCCUAAUGUGAUGGAGGCCAAGGUGGUUGUGAGCUCUUGUGGACAUGAUGGACCAUUCGGUGCUACUGGGGUUAAGAGGCUGAAGAGCAUUGGCAUGAUUGAUAGUGUGCCAGGAAUGAAGGCCCUUGACAUGAAUGCUGCUGAAGAUGCCAUUGUGAGGCUAACUAGGGAAAUUGUGCCUGGAAUGAUUGUAACUGGCAUGGAAGUUGCUGAGAUUGAUGGCUCUCCAAGAAUGGGACCAACAUUUGGGGCAAUGAUGAUAUCAGGGCAGAAGGCAGCUCACCUUGCCUUGAAGUCUCUAGGGUUGCCCAAUGCACUGGAUGGAACGUUUGUGGGAGGCAUUCAUCCAGAGCUGAUCCUGGCUGCUGCAGAAUCUGCUGAUAUUGCAGAGGCUUGA